GGUCCUCCUCCUUUCAGUACAUCGAACUAUUUUUCCCCUAUUUCCGAAAAGCCCCCAAGUCUAGGGUUUUCAUCCACCUGAAAGUCCCUGCACCACCGUUUCUGGUGUUAUAAACGCAACGCGGGUCUCUUUAGUAGUUUAAUAAAAUGCAUUGAACUUAAGAUUCAUGGAUUUUUAUAAAAAGUGCUUACUUUGAUGUAUUUGGUGGUGGAUAAUCAUAUAGCGUCUUGUUUGGUCGACUUUGUUGCUGAGCUGAUUUAAGUUGGCCAACUGAGAAAAGCAUGCUGUCCUGCUACCUUUAGAUAUGAUAUACAGUUAGACCGCAUGGAUUUUGCUGUAAACGGUGUGUCAUUGCUUUGCAUUGGUAUUUGGUAGUCCACUAACAGUGUUUUGUCAUUGUCUUGGUUAACAUGGUGAACUGGGUUUUUCAUUCAUAUCCGUAUCCUCUCAUUUAUUUUAUAAAUGAGAGGAUACGGAUAUGAAUUCAGAGGUUCUUUCUUUUACUAAAGAAUAUAAUUGUAAGAGUUUUACUGCAGUAAGCACACUUGGCUGGGUUGAAAUGCACCUCUUGUAUAGCUUUGUUGAGUUUUACUUGAGAUCUACAAACAUAAAUCUAAGGGUGCGGAGUCAAUGGUCUUAGGUUGUUUAAUUUGGUCGUUGGGAAACUGGAUGAUGAAGAUUAUGUUUAACUGAGAGGCUUUUUAAGGGAGAAUUUGGUUGGUUAGUUUUUGAACUAACAAAUACGAAUAAAGGAAGAAGAUCGACUAAGGCAACUCACCACCAAACCAUUAUUUCAUAAACCUUUUACAUGUUUUACCACUGACGUUGGUUGGUUGUUUUUUGGAUUGUAGGUAUUGGAGUAAUUUGCUAUCACUACCUUUUGCUUGUUUGGACGUUUUUUGUAAUUGAAUAAGAAUAAAAAAUAUGACUCUUUCACCAAUUUUCUGUGUUCAUUACAAUGGCAAGGGGAAAGCUUAUAUUGAUUUGCCAAUCUGGUGGUGAGUUUGUCACAAAUGAGGAUGGAUCGAUGUCAUACACUGGAGGUGAGGCACAUGCAAUAGAUAUCAAUUGUGAAACCAUGUUUGAAGAUCUCAAAUUAAAAUUAGCUGAAAUGUGGAAUUUGGAAUGUAAUUCCAUAUCCAUAAAGUAUUUCCUCCCAGGAAACAGACAAACCCUCAUCAGUUUAUCAAAUGACAAAGACCUCAAAAGGAUGUGUAAAUUUCAUGGAAGUUCAGUAACUGCCGAUGUUUUUGUCAUGGGGAGAGCAGGUUUUCAUCGUGAAGUCUUGAACAGUCAUAGCAGUUGCAGGGCAAGUGCAAUAAAAGUAGCUGAAACUGUACCCCCUGUUGCUGACUUCAGUACCUCUGCUGCUGCACCCCAUGCCGCUGCUGCUCUUCCUGUUGCAACAUAUGCAGCUGAAGAACUCAUUAAUGCUAAUUCCAGCAUUGGUCCAGUUUCCCCUGUCGCUCUUCCUGUAGAAAGACCUGCUGACUCCAUUAUAUCUGUUACAGCAGCUGCCAAUACUGCCAAUGAUAAUCCAGAUGCUGCUUAUUCCAGUCCAGCCGGUUCCAUUGCCGUUGCCACUGAUGCGACUGCUCAUGACCCAAAUAUAAUUGAUAUGUCCUCCACCCCUGCUGAUACUGUUAAGAAACGAAGGCGAACUGCAUCCUGGAAAGUUAGUGCAAAUGGUCCUGCUAUUGUUGAUGUCACUGACCAUAUUGAGGAGAAAAGGAAAAGUUCAUCCAGAAAAAAGAACACCCAAAAUUGCAAUGCUGCAACAGCAACCGACAAUCCAAAGCAGCAACAAGAUACUUCAACCUGUGAAGAAGAUUCUUACGGUUCCUCUAUCCUUGCUCGUUCAAGUGAUGUUCCACCUGAAAAACUAGUUUCAUCUUGGAAAGAUGGAAUUGUUGGUGUUGGUCAGGUAUUCAAAAGUGUGUAUGAAUUUCGGGAUGCUCUCCAGAAAUAUGCCAUAGCGCAUCGUUUUAUGUACAGGUUAAAAAAGAAUGACACUUACCGUGCUAGUGGCACAUGUAUAUCAGAAGGCUGUUCUUGGAGGAUUCAUGCUUCCUGGGACUCAUCCUCAGAGUCCUUCAGGAUUAAAAAGAUGAAUAAAUCGCAUUCGUGUGGAGGGGAAUCUUGGAAGUCUGCUCAUCCGUCAAAGAAUUGGUUGGUGAGUAUCAUAAAGGAAAUAUUACGAGGUAGCCCUCAUCACAAACCAAAGGAAAUUGCUAACAGCAUUCUUCGUGACUUUGGGAUUGAGCUGAAUUAUACUCAAGUAUGGCGUGGAAUUGAGGAUGCCCGGGAGCAACUUCAGGGUUCGUAUAAAGAAGCAUAUAAGCAGUUUCCUGUGUUUUGUGAGAAGAUGAUGGAGGCAAAUCCUGGUAGUAUUGUUAAGCUUUGCGCUACUGAAGAUAAAAGAUUUCAGCGCCUUUUUGUAUCCUUUCACGCUACACUGUGUGGUUUUCAAAAUGGUUGUCGCCCCCUUCUUUUCCUUGACACCACAUCUUUAAAAUCAAAGUACCACGAGGUUUUGUUGACAGCUACUGCAUUGGAUGGUAAUGACGGUGUUUUCCCCGUUGCAUUUGCUGUAGUAGAUACCGAGAAUGAUAAGAAUUGGCAUUGGUUUUUGGAGCAGUUGAAAUCAGCAAUGUCUACUUCAGUAUUCAUAACUUUUGUCUCUGACAGAGAGAAGGGCUUAAAGAAGCUGGUACUUGACGUAUUUCAGAAGGCUCAUUAUGGAUAUUCGAUAUUCCAUCUAAUAGAAAACUUCAAGAAAAACUUGAAGGGCCCAUUUCAUGGAGACGGGAGGGGUUCUUUGCCUGGCUUUUUUGUGGCUGCUGCCCAUGCUGUCCGACAUGAUGGUUUUAGAAUAUGUACUGAGCAAAUUAAACGUGUGUCCUCAAAAGCAUAUGACUGGGUCUUGCAAAUUGAGCCAGAUCACUGGACAAAUGCAGUAUUUAAGGGUGAGCGCUAUAAUCAUAUCACUGAAAAUGUUGGAGAGACAUACACCAACUGGAUAGAGGAAGUGCGGGAGCUACCGAUAAUACAGAAGGUCGAAAUGCUAAGAUACAAGUUGAUGGAGUUGAUUAAAACUCGUCAAACAGAAUCGAGUAGGUGGUCUACAAAACUGACUCCAUCCAAGGAGGAAAAAUUGCGAGAAGAAACUCCUAAAGCACAGGGCUUGAAAGUAUUGUUCUCAUCUGAUAUCCUUUUUGAAGUUCACGAUGAUUCCAUUCAUGUGGUGGAUAUUGAUAAGUGGGACUGCACUUGUCUAGGAUGGAAAGCUUCUGGGCUACCUUGCCGCCAUGCUAUUGCUGUCUUUAAUUCGACAGGCAGGAAUGUGUAUGAUCACUGUUCAGGGUACUCCACAGUUGAUAGCUUCCGUCUAACAUAUUCAAUGUCCAUAAACCCUGUAUCUGCCAUUUCCAUUCCUUCAAGUAAUGAAAAAACCGCCUCGGAUUCUCUGCCUCUACUUCCUCCUUGCACGUCGCGGCCCCCCAGCCAACAAAAAGAGCAGACCAGCAGUAAGGGAGUGUCGAAGAGGCCGGUUUCUUGCACUAGGUGCAAGGGAUCGGGGCAUAAUAAAUCUACAUGCAAGGCCAACUUAUAGGUUGUAUGUGAAUGAAUUUUGCAGUUGCGCAGUUGUUAUCUUCGAUCAUAUCAAACAUGGUUGUGCAGUUUUGCUGCUCAAUUGGUCGUUUGAUUAUAUUUGAAGUGGAGUUGUGAAAUUUACAAGCCAGUAUAUAAAUACAGUUGUCAUAGGACUCAAUAGAGUUAUAAUAAAAAAAGAAGUAAAAACAUC